AUGUGUUGCAACUACGGCAGUUCCUGUGGCCAUGGCUCUGGCUAUGGCUCCGGCUAUGGCUGUGGCUAUGGCUCCGGCUAUGGCUCUGGCUAUGGCUGUGGUUAUGGCUCUGGCUAUGGCUGUGGAUAUGGCUCUGGCUAUGGCUGUGGUUAUGGCUCUGGCUAUGGCUGUGGCUUUGGCUCUGGCUCUGGCUGUGGUUAUGGCUCUCACUAUGGCUGUGGAUACGGCUCUGGCUUUGGCUGUGGAUACGGCAACAGCUAUGGUUCCCCUUAUGGCUGUGGCUAUGGACGUGGCUGUGGCUAUGGAUACGGCUCCUUCUAUGGCUCUGACUGCUGUGGUUACAAGCCUUUUUGCUACAGAAGAUGUUAUUCUUGCUGCUAA